AAUUACUAAUCGAGACGUAAUACACCAAAUUAUUUAUGUGUUCAUGAUAGAAUUUUAUUAAUUUUCAUUCAUUUUUAUUACGGCAAAAUAAAAUGUGAUUUAUUCUCUAAUUUAAAAACAAUUUUUAUUAUUAAAUCUCUGAUCUUGAUAUUUUAAAAGACGUCUACCAGGAAUGCACUUUGUUACGUAAGAUUAUUUGACUAUAGUACAAAUUAAAUUAUAGGAUGAAAAAUAAAUCUCCUCUUAUAACUGACACAUUUUCUCAAAAGCAUCAUUUAAAUUUUAGCCAUAGUAACCAGAGAAAACGUUUUCACGGAGAAGAUGAAACUGACUUUUUUGGGUUGCCAUCAAAAGUAAAACACUUAUUUCAAAAACACAAAGGAAUUACAAAACUUUACGAUUGGCAAAUUGAAUGUUUAAAUUUAGAAGCUGUAAAGGAUAAAAAAAAUUUAGUGUAUGCCUUACCUACUAGUGGUGGUAAAACAUUAGUUGCAGAAAUUCUAAUGCUUAAAGAACUUUUAGUUAAUGAAAAAAAUGUAAUAUUUAUACUACCAUAUGUUGCCUUAGUUCAAGAAAAGGUGCAAUCAUUGUCUCCCUUUGGUCUCAACUUAGAAUUUCAUGUUGAAGAAUAUGUUGGAGGUAAAGGAAAACAUCCACCCAUCAAUAGAAAACGUAAAUCAUCAUUGUAUGUUUGUACUUUGGAAAGAGGUGCUGGUUUAGUUGAUUGUAUGCUAAGCGAUAAUGGUCGAUUAGGAGGUAGAGAAGUUGGUAUGAUAGUUGUUGAUGAAUUGCAUCUUCUCGGAGAACAAAAAAGAGGAGCUUUAUUAGAAGCAACUCUUACAAAAAUAUUAUAUUCUAAAUAUAAUAUUCAAAUUGUUGGUAUGUCUGCAACAAUUGGCAACAUGCCAGAGAUAGGUGAUUUUUUGAAUUCGUUUCUUUAUAUUAGAGAUUUUAGACCUGUUGAUCUCACUGAAACAAUCAAGUUAAAUGAUGAAAUAUAUGUGAUCAAUAGAGAUAUUGAUGGUUCUAUUAAGUCCAAACUUGAUAGGAAACUAAAUUUUGAUUGCUAUACAGUUGACAUGAAAAAGUUUGAUCCAAAUGGAUUUGGUCUAUUAGUCAGAGAAAUAUUACCAAGUGGAAGCUGUUUAGUAUUUUGUCCAACAAAAAGCUGUUGUCAAAGUGUAGCUAAAAUAAUUUAUAAAACUAUUGGAAAAAAAGAAGCUAAAGUUAAAUUAAAAGAGAAAGAAGCAUUAUUCAAUGCUUUGAAAGAAGAAGGUAAUGGAAAAGUAUGUCCUCUGUUGUCAAGAAGUAUUUUGUUUGGAGUUGCGUAUCAUAAUUCUGGUUUAACAAAUGCUGAACGAAAAUUGUUGGAAGAAGCUUUUCUAAGUGGUACUAUUAAAUGUAUUUGUUGUACGUCAACUUUAGCUGCUGGUGUUAAUUUACCAGCUCAAAGAGUUAUAAUAACAUCACCCUAUGUUGGAAGAGAGUUUAUGAAACAGAGUACUUAUAGACAGAUGGUUGGACGAGCUGGUAGAGCUGGUUUAACAAAACAUGGAGAUAGUGUAUUGUUGUGUCAAGAAAAUGAGAAAAUCAAGAUAAAAGAUCUUCUGGAGAAGGGUAUAGAAAAUAUAGAUAGUUGUUUAGGAAAUGAAGAUAGUAUAAUUUAUUCAAUGAUAUUAAGUUCUAUAAGUACAGAAUGUACAAAAAAUCGUAAUCAGUUAGUGGAAUUAAUGAAACAUACACUUUAUGUAAAACAAGCAGAAAAACAAGGAAAUGCCUCUACUGCUGCAUCAGAUUUAGUUGAAUCAUGUUUGGUUAAAUUAGAAUCUAUAAAUUCUUUUAGCAAGCUAAAUGAUGAUGAAAUUAAAUUAACUGCAAUUGCAAAAGCUGCUGUUAAUGCUAACUUAGAUAUUCUAGAAGCACAAAAAUUAUAUACUGAUUUAUUAGAAGCAUCAAAAGCUUUGAUUUUAACAAAUAAAUUGCAUUUAUUGUAUUUAGCUGUUCCUUAUACAGAUUGUAUACCAUUAGAAAGACAAAUCAUUUUAAAUAAAAUAACAAGUUUACAAAAUGAUGAACAAAUAUUGGCUGAUCGAAUAGGCUUAAAUGAACUUUGUAUUUCACAAUUCAUCACACAAGGAAAAAUAAAAAAUUUGCCAGAUACUGUUUGGAACAAAUUUCUCAUGAGUUUAAUUUUGAAUGACUUGUGGCAUAAUGAAUCUGUAUGGGUUGUUUCUAAAAAUUAUAAUGUGCCUAGAGGAAAUAUACUUUCAUUUUUAUCAAGAACAGCUUCUUAUGCUUCAUCGAUACAAAGGUUUACAGAAGCACUCCAAGAUAAAAAAUUAGAUCAUUUUCCUAUGUUGUUUCAAAGUAUUGUUCCAAAACUCAAUUUAGAAUUAAUGGGUUGUUCUACAGACUUGGAGUCAUUAAUGAGCCUUCCAUCUGUUAAAUUUGGUAGAGCUACACAGUUAUAUAAAGCUGGAUAUAAAACAUUAAGUGAUGUUGCAAAAGCAAAUAAAAAGGAGUUAUGCAAAAAUAUUGAUCAUUUAUCCAUGAAAGUAGCCCGUGAAAUUAUUGCUUCAGCUAAACUUAUGUUGCUUUCUAAAGCUGAAAUACUAGAGGAAUUAGCUGAGGAUUUACGAACUGAUCUUAAUGAAUCCAUGUUAAAACACAAAGAACAUUCAUUAUGGUUUAAUUAAGGAUAUAUUGUAAAUAAUUUUUAAGACUGAAAGUGAGAUUAAAUAAAAUAAAUCAAAGAGUUGUUUCAUUAUAGUCACAUUAUAAAAGUUAUAAAUUAUUUAAUUGAUUCUAUAAAUUUAAUUUGAUUAAAAUUUGAACAUUUAGUGUACUUCUAUUUUCUUAUUAU